UAAUGUUGUAAAUAAAGACUAUAACAGUAAUAUAAAUAAAUAUAUAUAUUAUAGUAUAAAAUAAUGUUCAAAAACACGUAUCAAAAUGGAUUAUUAUCAAUUUUUUAUAGUUGUGGCUCAAAUCCAUUGGCCUUAUGGGACAUGGAAGUAAAAAAUGGUCACGUAAAACGACUAACCGAUAACGAAGUAAACUCCAUAGUUUUAGAAAUAGUAAGUACGAAUGUUGCGACGACAUACAUAACAUGUCCGAAAAGAAACCAAGUACUAGGAAUAAAGCUACCUUUUCUAGUUAUGAUAGUAAAAAAUCUAAAACGAUAUUUCUCUUUCGAAAUAACCAUUCUCGAUGAUAAGAACAUGCGUCGAAGAUUCAGAAUUUCAAAUUUUCAAUCUACAACAAAAAUAAAACCAUUUUGUACGAGCAUGCCAAUUGGCCUUUCUGGUGGAUGGAAUCAAAUCCAAUUUAAUUUGGCUGACUUUACGAGACGAGCGUACGGUACACAAUUUAUCGAGACACUUCGCGUUCAGAUUCAUGCUAAUGCUCGUAUUCGAAGAAUUUAUUUCAGUGAGCGGUUGUAUACUGAAGAAGAGUUGCCUCAAGAUUAUAAGCUAUAUUUACCCUUGGAAAGAAAACAAAAGAAAGGUAAAAUGAAAAAGGAAGAAACUGCUCCUGAUGCAAAGUCUCAACCUCCUACUCCAAUAUCAGCUCCAACAGAAGCGCCAGCUGUUGAAGUUCCGCCUAUAGAAAUUCUACCAACAGAGCCAAUUAAAGAAGAGGUUCCUAAAAAAGUAAGUGAAAUUGCUGUGACUCCAGCUGCUACUGAUUAUGAAGAAGAAAAACCUCCAGAAAUUGAGGUUGCACCUGAAGUACCUGAAGAGCUUCCAGUAGAGGCCAUAGAGCCAGUAGAAACAGAAGGUACAGUGGAGCAAGCAGAAGAUCUCCUGCCGAUGAAAUAG